GGUGCUGAGAACGAGCUGAGGUGUCUGGUGAACCCCGCGGAGCAGAAACUUAAGAAAACACAGCUUUUCAUCUCAGAGAUGUCGGUGGUUUGUCUCAGCAGGAAUGUUCUGGCCAUCAGGAACGCUGGAAUGAUGGUGAUGGUUCGGUAUGCUCAGACUGCAGCAGCUCCGGCUCCUGAGCCCAGGAUCAAGAAGUUCCAGAUUUACCGCUGGGACCCCGAUACCGCCGGAGACAAACCACGGAUGCAGACAUAUGAAAUUGAUCUAAACACCUGCGGUCCGAUGGUGCUGGACGCCCUCAUCAAGAUCAAGAAUGAGCUCGACCCCACGCUCACAUUCAGACGAUCCUGCCGUGAGGGCAUCUGCGGCUCCUGUGCCAUGAACAUUAAUGGAGGAAACACACUGGCGUGUCUGAACAAAAUCGACACCAACACCAGUAAAGUCACCAAAAUCUACCCGCUGCCACACAUGUACGUGGUCAAAGAUCUGGUCCCUGAUAUGAGCAACUUCUACGCGCAGUACAAAUCCAUUGAGCCAUACCUGAAAAAGAAGGAUGAGAGUAAAGAGGGCAAAGACCAGUAUUUCCAGUCAGUGGAGGACAGGCAGAAACUGGACGGCCUCUAUGAGUGCAUCCUCUGCGCCUGCUGCAGCACCAGCUGUCCGAGCUACUGGUGGAACGGAGACAAAUACCUGGGACCUGCUGUGCUGAUGCAGGCGUACCGCUGGAUGAUCGACUCCCGUGAUGAAUUCACAGAGGAGCGUCUGUCCAAACUUCAGGACCCCUUCUCCCUUUACCGCUGCCACACCAUCAUGAACUGCACCAAGACUUGCCCCAAGGGACUCAACCCAGGAAAGGCCAUCGCAGAGAUCAAGAAGAUGAUGGCCACUUACAAAGAGAAGAAAGCUGCAGCUUCAUGAGGAUGGAAAAA